GGCAAUAAGGGUCUGUAAUUUGUCUGUGCAUACAUGAACUUCUUCGAUGCGGCGUACGACCCAGUGGUACCAUCCACACCUCCUCCCGAACUCACUCACCAGCGUCAACAAUCUCUGAACGAAGAAGUCACAGAAGUUAUAGGCCAAUUGGGCAAAUUCUGGGGUGGGUUCAGGAAACAGAGUCAAACUGCCAUUCAGGCUGCACGGAAGGAUUUGGGAAAUUAUGUGUCGCAAGCGCAGCAAGAGCUGAACAAGUUGACCGUGACGACGCCAGAGAACCUGGCCACAGAGUCAUCGACAUCUAGAGAUGUACAAUCUACCACUGAGCAGGAUGUGUUGGAGAGCGCAUCUCCUUCUGACUCGACAUCUACCUCUGCAUCCACCUCUACACUCCCAGGCAACGAACGGUCACCGCAGAGCUUCUUCUCCCGUCUCCAAUCAUCACUUCCUCCAGAGCUCCUCACGACAGUGCAGAAUACUCAGAAUUCGCUAACAGAGACCCUUCGGCAUGCUCCUGAGCGCGUUGACCUCUCCCAAUUGCGCAAUGCAUUUGAGAACGAGCUUCAACGCGUGCGUACACACAGCGCUACCGCUCGCGGCGAGGAUCUGUUGCGCGGUGCCGGAGACUUGUUUCGCGAGGCUGUUCGUGUUAUUCCUCCGGAGAACGCUGCCAGUGGGAGCGGGAGUGGUGCGACUGGGGUAAUGUGGGAUGGCAUGGACAUAUGGACGAUGCCUGGCUUCUCACAGCCGGAAACGCCUCAGCCCGAUGUGGUACGUUCGCGGAGCAGGGACAGUGGGUCUAGGCGGAGUGGCGAAGUAAAGGCAAUCGGGACACGCAAGGACGCUCUCUUGAGAGCUGUGAGGAUGAACCCGGAGAUCUUGAAGGUCGAUCCGACAGGGGAGAAAAGUUCAGCUGAUCUAUUUGAUACGUGGGUCCAGGCAGAUGUGGAGGGGAAGGAAGGCGGCAUUCGAAGCGAGCAAUGGAAGGAGAGGGUGGAGAUUGAGCUGGAGAGCGACCAGUCUGCCAUCAAGACCACGCUUGACGCCCUUGUUCCAUCCGAGAUGACGGAAGAUGCCUUCUGGACACGUUAUUUCUUCCGUGUACAUCAGAUUGAGCAGGAAGAAGUGCGGCGGAAAGCUUUGCUGCAAGGCCCCACAGAUCAGGACGAUGAGUUCAGUUGGGAAGAUGACGACGAAGAGGCGCUGUCCCCGAAUGCCCCGCUCCCUUCCACCGAACAGGCCAAAGAUAGCUCCAUCUCAACUGUAGACGCUACAGUAGCUAUCUCAGUUGACAGACUAUCAGCACCCGUUUCGCAAUCGGCUACUCCUGCUACGACCAGCCCGCGGCUCAGUAGCGAAGACAGCUAUGACCUCGUCUCUUCAGGACACGCGAGCGGCGUUGGAGAUGCCAAAGUGGCUGAGAAAGAUAAGGAGAGAAAGGGAAACGAUGAUGACGGUGACGGCAGCGGUAGCGACUGGGAGUGAUCGUGAGCUGUGGGACUUUGACUGGUUGAAUCUUUAUUGCCUUGUCUGUGUUGAGGAUGACUACGUAUAUAUUAAUGGAGAUGUACUGAUAGUUG